AUUUGCCUCUUUCUCGAUUAGACAUCGAAUCUAGCCUAUCAAAUAUGCCUUUCUUUACGAGAACAGGCGAUGGCCCCGCACCCCGUGCAAGCGGAACAUCGAGCCCAGCUCGACAGCAACCGCCCCCAAGCCAGCAAUAUGAUCGGUUGCCCGCUCAAGACAACUCGCAACAACGCCGAGUGCCCCCUGCCGUUGGAGGUGACCCGUAUGGUAGACCCGACUCGAGGAGUGCAGGAGCAUAUGGUCAACCGCAAGCGUACUCUCAGCAGCAACCUCAGGGCUACGGUCAGCCUCAAGCUUACAGCCAGCAGCCGCCUUUGCCUGCUCGCGGUUAUCAGGAGGACCCCUAUAGUCGGGCUGGAGCUCAAGGAGGGUACACUGACAAUGGGUACCCUCGUGAAAAGGCCGAAUAUCGUCCGGCUCAGCCUGCCCAGCAUCAGCCACAGCCUCAGCGGGGACAAGGUGGUGGAAUUUACAACAUCGCCGCGUGCCCAACUACGGCUCUUGCCUUGACAAACCGGCUCGUCGUUCACCCCCAGGACUUCCCGGAAGAUAUCGACUAUGUGCGCCUGAAGGGACGCUACGUUCUUGGGAUUGUCCGCGAUAACACUGGAUCGCUACAACCCAGAGAGAUUGGGCCUUCCAAGCAUAUCCGACAAUGGGUCGGGCUGAGCAUGCAAGGAGAACAGGUUGAGGUCGAAGUCUACGAGCCCCAGAAUGGUGACUGGGCUGGAAACGUGGACCUUGAUAUUGGUUUCCAUAUCAAGAAGACAGAGUCUCAUGAGGUGUAUGACACUGAACAAUUGGCUCAAGUCUUUAUCACCGCGUUUUCGAACCUUCCCUUGACCCCUUUACAAACCAUCAUGUUCGAUUACCGCGGUGUAAUCAUGAAAGCCACGGUUCGCUCUAUCUCGACCUUGGACGGCUCUGACGGCGAUAAUAUGGGAAUCAUCAUGGAAGGGACUGAGAUCAACUGGUUCAAAGAUCCCAGCAGCGCCAUCAAGUUGAAGAACACGAGCAACAGGGCACCUACACAAGCGAUCAUUGCGCCCAACUUCAAGUUUGAGGAUAUGGGUAUCGGUGGUCUCGACACUGAAUUCCAAGCGAUCUUCCGUAGAGCUUUCGCCAGUCGAGUUUUCCCUCCGGGACUCGUCGAAAAGCUUGGGAUCACCCACUCAAAGGGUAUCCUGCUCUAUGGUCCUCCUGGUACCGGAAAGACACUGAUGGCUCGACAGAUCGGGAAAAUGCUCAAUGCCACCGAACCCAAGAUUGUGAACGGUCCCGAAAUUUUGAACAAGUUCGUCGGAGCGAGUGAAGAGAACAUUAGAAAGCUCUUCGCGGAUGCUGAGAAAGAGCAAAAAGAGAAGGGUGAUGAGUCCAGCUUGCACAUCAUCAUCUUCGACGAGAUCGAUGCUAUCUGUAAACAGCGAGGAUCCCAAAGUAACGGUACCGGUGUUGGUGACUCUGUUGUUAACCAGUUGCUUUCCAAGAUGGAUGGAGUGGACCAGCUCAACAACGUGCUCGUUAUCGGUAUGACGAACAGAAAAGACAUGAUCGACGAUGCCCUCUUGCGACCGGGUCGUUUCGAGAUUCACAUCGAAAUUUCGCUUCCGGACGAGGCAGGCCGAAUUCAGAUCCUAAACAUUCACACCUCGAAGAUGAAAGACAACAAGGUCAUGGCCCCUGACGUCGACGUCACCGAGCUCGCUAGCUUGACCAAGAACUUUUCCGGUGCCGAGUUGCAAGGUCUAGUGAGAAGCGCAACAACCUUUGCGUUCAACCGACACAUCAAGGUCGGGACCAUGGCAGGGAUUUCGGACAAUGUCAGCGAUAUGCAAAUCACUCGUGCCGACUUCCUGAGUGCGCUGGAAGAAGUUCAUGCCGCCUUUGGUGUCUCGGAAGAAGAGCUUUCGACCGUUGUAGAUAACGGGAUCAUUCACUUUUCGCCAGACAUCGAGACUAUCCUGCGUGACGGGAAACUCUUCGUCGAGCAGGUCAAGAACUCCGAACGGACGAGACUAGUCAGUGUACUCUUGCACGGUCCCGCUGGUUCCGGGAAGACAGCGCUGGCUGCCACUAUGGCACUGGGCUCGAACUACCCCUUUAUCAAGUUAAUCUCGCCGGAAUCAAUGGUUGGAUACAACGAAGCCGGGAAGAUCAACGAACUCAACAAGAUCUUCUCAGACAGCUACAAAAGUCCCAUCAGCGUGAUUGUUAUUGAUAGUAUCGAGAGAAUUUUAGACUGGAACCCCAUCGGACCUCGAUUCUCAAACGGGGCCUUACAAGCGCUGGUCGUUCUUCUAGGGAAGCGACCUCCCAAGGGACGACGGCUUUUGAUCCUAGCGACCACCUCUAACCGAGCCAUGCUGACGGAUAUGGAGAUGGUCGAUGCUUUCGACGCUGAAAUCAGAGUACCGGCGAUUAGCAACCUCUCGUCUGUAGCGACAAUCUUGAAGGAGGUCGAGCUCUUCUCGCAAGAAAGAGAUCUUCAGCAUUGCUUGAGUUUGCUGGAGCAAGCAGGCUUUGGCGGUGAAGGCAAGCUCAACAUCGGCGUCAAGAAGCUGUUGACCAUGGCAGAAAUGGCCAGGCAGGAUCCGGACCCUGCCGAAAAACUGGUUGGAAGUUUGAUACAGGCUAGCUAGUUCUUCAGUGACUACAGAUUGAGAGGAUCCAAUUCUGAUUGUAAAGC